CGCAGUAAAAAGUUUAGUUGCAAAGCAACAGAGCUGUCAUUUAUAUUUUUAUAAUUUUUAAAUUUUGUUUCUAAUGUCAGAAGGAAUAAACUGUCAGCCAUGAAAGUCGCAUCGUAAUUUUAUUUUAUUUUAUUGUAAAAAUCUUCCUCCUAACAAAUCCAAAGAUAGUAUGAUAAUCUAAAUAAGAAACCGUCCGCUACAUGGUCCAUCGAGCCGAGAUACCCAGGAAAUAAGGGAAGUGAUCAAAGUUUGAUAUUCAGGACAAAUUAGUGAUGUGUAACCCAUUACUCUGUUUUUUUGUUUAGAUUAUUUAUAUUUAUCAUAUUACAAGCUGGGUUAACUAUGUGGUUUGUUUAAUGUGUUUUUGUUGGCAUUUUUUUGGUAAUAGUCACACUUCUAAAAUUAUUACUUAUUUAUUAAUUAUAGGUGCGUACAUAAUAGUGUGACUGUAUAGUUCAUUUUAGUUGUCAUUAUAGUUCAUUAUUUCAAUUGUAACUUCUAUCAAUGCCAGAUUAACUAGCUUGCUUCUGCCCAAAUACUUCCAAAAUGAGUGAGAAAGAAGAAAAGGAGUUAGUUAAAAAACGAGCUAGUCUAAAAGGCCGAUUGACUACAUUCAGAAAGUACAUCGAGGAAUUGAGCGGUACGUUGAAUCAGCAACAAGUAAAUGAAUUGCAAUUAAGAAUCGGUAAGAUCGAAUUAUUAUUUGAACAAUAUGACGUAGUACAAACUAAAAUAGAAUGCCUCGCUGACGAUUUCAGCUCGCAAAGCACAGAGAGAGAAGAUUUUGAAUCAAUUUAUUACAAAUCCCUUUCACAGGCUCAGGAGAUUCUUUCUCGUAAUUCUAAAUUGUUACAAACCCAAGUGCAUAGUUUUGAGGGUUGCUCUCAUGUGAGUAAUCAUAGCCUGGUUAAAUUGCCUACCAUUAGUCUACCCAAAUUUAAUGGUUCAUAUAGCAACUGGCUGGAAUUCCAUGACACCUUCAGUAGUCUUAUACAUUCGAACGAGGCGAUAGGAGAAAUUAAUAAAUUCCACUACCUCAGGGCCUCGCUAGAAGGCUCUGCUGCUGUACUGCUUCAGGAGAUUCAGUUUUCUGCCAGCAACUAUUCUGUGGCGUGGAAGCUGUUAUGUGAGAGGUACGAUAAUAAGCGCCUAUUAAUUCAAACACACGUUAAUAAUUUAUUUAAUGUAGACGCAAUAAAGAGUGAAUCUUCAUUUAAUUUAAGACGUUUCAUAGAUCAGCUGAAUAAAAGCCUCAGAGCUUUAGAGUCGCUGGGUGAACCGACUGAUCAUUGGGACACUCUUCUCAUCCACAUGAUGAGUCGUAAAUUCGAACAGAAGACGCUGCGUGAAUGGGAAGAGUGCAAAGGUCGUCUUGAUAAAGAAAAGCCCAUUUCUUUGUCCAUCUUUAUCGAUUUCAUUCGUAACCGGGCCGAUCUAUUAGAAACGAUGGAAUUUACUCGCCCUAACCUUCCUCACACACAAGUUCAGCCACCACAGUCGCCUAAAGGUCAGAAAAUUAAAACAUUAGUUUCUGUGUCCGGAACGCAGCCGUCGUCGAGUGGCGGCGCUAGUAUUAUUUCUGGUUCCGGUACAACAUCGUGCCCACACUGUAAGGGUGAGCAUUAUCUUUAUAAUUGCGAUAAAUUUCUGAGCCUUAAUAAUGAGCAGAGAUGGGAAUUAAUUCCUCAGUUCAAGGUGUGUUACAACUGCUUUCGUAGUGGUCACUAUUCAAAUCGCUGCAAAAAAGGUGGUUGUACUUUAUGUAAGCGUAGGCAUAAUACGCUUCUGCACACCUAUUCUAAUAAUAAACAGAGAAUUAAUCAGCCCGCUCCUAAGCGUGACACUACGGCAAUCACCUCCGCCGUCCAGCCUGAACCUCCUGGUAACCACGGCCUAACGUUAGCCACGCAUUCUGCCGCCGCACCUUCAGAGAUUAGUAAAGAUGGUAUGUUUGCGACGGCUCUCGUUAAAGUUGUCGAUAGUAAUGGUCACGAGCACAUCAUACGUGCUCUUCUGGAUUUUGCGAGUUCGUCUUGCAUAAUUAGUGAGAAAACGGGUCGCUUAUUGAAUGCCAAGUAUAUUGAUAUAGAUAAACCUAUUUUCGGCAUCGAUAAGACUAGAACUAACACUUCAAAAAUGUGUUAUGUUUCUUUCAGUUCACGCACUGAAAAUUAUUCCAAAUGUCUUCUUUGUUAUGUAUUGCCGUCCAUAACUGACGAUGUGCCUUGCCAUUCAUUUGAUUUUUCGCGUUUAAAUAUUCCCGCUAAUAUUAUUUUAGCCGAUCCCCAAUUUUAUAGGGCGUCAGAAAUUGACAUGAUAAUUGGAUCUAAUAUCUUUUGGGAUCUGCUCGGGACGCGAAAGAUCAAUCUGGGAGAUAACAUCUCGAUCCUCUGGGAAACUCGACUUGGCUGGUUGGUGGUUUCCGGGGAUCUAAGUGAUGGUCAUGGAUAUGCUCCCCUAAUGUGCAACUUUACAAAACUUACAGGCAUUUCUCAAGAUCUUGAUCUCGGCGUUGAUGACGCUCAGAACUUGUUGUCGCGGUUCUGGCAGCUGGAGGAAGUCGGGCUUAAGUCAUCAUACUCCGAGGAGGAACGAAAAUGUGAAGAACAUUUCGUUAAAAAUACGAAACGUCUAGCUGAUGGUCGUUUUUGUGUACGCAUACCCUUAAAACAAUCUGCUGACUGCUUAGGUGACUCUUUGCAACGCGCAAAGAGGUGUCUUCAGGCUUUAGAGCGAAGGUUUGAUAAGGACCCUGCCUUUCGAGACAGGUAUUCUCUCUUUAUGUCCGAGUACCUUUCCCUCAACCACAUGUCGGAAAGCCAACCGACAGAUUCAACAGUGUACUACAUUCCCCACCACGGAGUAUUGAACGAAAAUAGCACCACGACGAAGCUCCGAGUAGUUUUUAACGCCAGUAGUCCUACCACCUCAGGGAUAUCUUUGAAUCAAAUUCAAAUGGUGGGGCCUACUGUGCAAGACGAGCUUCUUUCAAUACUCCUUCGGUUUAGAUUAUAUAAAUACGUUCUAGCCGCAGAUGUGGAAAAAAUGUACAGACAGAUUGCGGUGCAUCCUGAAGACCGAUGUCUGCAGAAGAUUCUCUGGCGCGCGUCUACAGACUGCCCUAUUCAGAUGUACCAGUUGAACACUGUUACGUAUGGAUGCGCAAGCUCUAGUUACCUUGCCACAAGAUGCCUUAAGCAGAUUGGCCUUGAAUGCAGUGACAAGAAGAUCUCAGAGAUCAUCAUUCACGACUUUUACGUAGAUGAUCUCCUCACGGGGUCCGACUCAUUUCAGGAGGCGUUAUACAUUAAGAAGAAAGUUGCCGCAGAGCUUGCCUCCGCCAGGAUGCCUCUGCGCAAGUGGAAGUCCAACGAUCCUCUACUCUGUCUUACUGGUGAUCCGAGCGACAACAGUUCAUCCCUCAGUUUAAACAUCGGAUCCCUUGAAUCGUGUAAGACAUUAGGUCUCAAUUGGCAGACAGCCACAGAUGAGCUUUCUUUCUCUGUCGAUUCGUGUGAAGCCUCGCCUUCUACGAAACGCUCUAUGCUUUCUGUCACUGCACGCAUUUUUGAUCCCAUGGGGUUAGUUUCUCCCUGCAUCGUUCCUAUUAAAAUACUAUUGCAGCGGCUAUGGGUUCAUAAGUUAUCAUGGGACGAAGAGCUCCCAUUUGAAAUAGCCAAAAUUUGGACUAAUAUAAUUAAAAGCCUUCCGCUUUUAAAUAAUUUGCGCAUCCCUCGCCUUAUUGUUUGCGAGGCUUAUACUUACGUGGAUCUCCACAUUUUUACAGAUGCGUCGCAAAGCGCCUAUGGUGCUUGCCUUUAUGCACGAAGCGCGAACGUGUAUGGACGAAUCAAGGUCUCGUUACUUAUGGCCAAGAGUAAAGUGGCUCCAUUAAAGCCAACGACGAUCCCUCGGUUGGAGCUCUGCGGGGCUCUGGUAGGAGUGCGCCUCUAUGAGAAGGCUAUUGAUUCGCUCCGGGUUCAGGUCAGGCAUACUACUUUUUGGACUGACUCGACGAUUGUGUUAGGUUGGCUUAAAAUGUUGCCUAGUAAAUUACAGCCUUUCGUUCGUAAUCGUACGGUGGAGAUCAUGGAGAAAACCGUGAACUGUACCUGGCGUCAUGUUCCCACUGAUGAAAACCCUGCUGAUCAUAUUUCUCGCGGCGUCGAAGUCGUAAAUUUGCAGGGUCUAGAUCUGUGGUGGUCAGGUCCUCAAUUUCUGCAGCAAGACUGCUCUCAGUGGCCUUCCAAUCCAGUCCGGUACAGCGAGUCCAAACUCCCUGACGUUCGUCCUGAAGUCUCGUUGCACCUUUCAGUUCCACGUGAUGAUUCAUUUAUUGAUUUCAGCCGAUUCUCAAACCUAUCUCGACUAAAACGUGCUGUAGCCUAUGCAUUGAGAUUCAUAAAUUUUUGCAGAAAGCUAUAUCCACAAACCAGCCACUUAAGCUCUAAAGAGCUACAGAACGCUUUGAACUUGAUUAUUAGGAAAGCUCAGUCUGAGUCGUUCGUCGAAUACAAGCUCCUAACUCAGGGACAUUCGUUAUCUCCUAAAAGUCCCCUCAACAAGUUCAAUGUCUUUCUUGAUGACGCUCAAAUUAUGCGUGUUGGUGGCAGGUUUGGAAACGCGUCGGAGUUUUCGUAUGAGAAAAAAUAUCCUAUAAUCCUACAGUCCACUCACAUUCUCACAAAACUCGUAUUCAAGGCUGAACAUAUUAAGCUUAUGCACGCUGGACCCCAACUAUUAUUAGCUUCUAUAAGAGAAGUCUACUGGCCUAUUGGCGGUCGCAAUUUGGCCAAGGCCACUUACCAUAAUUGUAUAAGAUGUACUCGCAUGCGAGCACAAACAGUUACUCCUCUUAUGGGAAAUUUACCUGUGCACCGCCUCACUCCUGGUCGCCCGUUCGAGUGUGUAGGCAUUGACUACGCUGGACCCAUCUCGUCCGCUAACCGCCUUGGUCGAGGUUGUAGAAUCGUUAAGGUCUACAUCGCGAUUUUUGUAUGUUUCAAAACAAAGGCGAUCCAUAUCGAAUUAGUAGGUGAUUUAACCAGCAAUAGUUUCCUCUCUGCGCUACGCCGGUUUGUAUCGCGGAGAGGUAAGCCUACUCAUAUAUAUUCGGACAAUGGUACGUCAUUCGUCGGUGCGUAUAAACAAAUCGGUACAUUCUUAAAAUCCAAUUGCAAUUCUUUGCCUGAUGCUUUGAUCGAAGAAGGUAUUAACUUCCACCUGUGUCCACCUUACUCUCCUCAUUUUGGGGGUCUUUGGGAGGCGGGGGUUAAAUCUAUUAAAUUCCAUAUGCACAGAGUAUUGGGAAAUUGUAAUUUAACUUAUGAGGAAUUGAUCACUGUCCUAACGCAAAUCGAAGCAAUAUUGAAUUCUCGGCCGCUGACUCCGCUAUCAAGCGAUCCCGAUGACAUGAUGCCGCUUACUCCUGGGCAUUUUCUCAUUGGCCAGCCCCUUACUGCAAUGCCUGCUGCUGAGUACAAGGACUGCCGGCUAAGCAAUCUCACCAGGUUCCAGCGGUUAGAGCUUAUGCGACAACAUUUUUGGGCCAGAUGGUCAAAGGAAUACAUUAGUGAGCUGCAGCAAAGAACAAAAUGGCGCACCAACCAGUCAUCGCUGAAGCUUCACAGCCUGGUUGUGGUGAAGGAAGACAAUCUCUCGCCACUUAAAUGGAGACUGGGCCGCAUAGUAGCUGUCUAUCCAGGGUCCGACGGAGUCAACCGGGUCGCAGACAUUUGUACCUCAAGCGGAGUCAUCAAGAGGUCUUUUAAUAAGAUUUGUCCCCUGAUUGCGGAUUAGUUUUGGGUUGAAAGGAAACCUUUCAACAUCCGGGGGCAUGUUUGGCACCGCAGUAAAAAGUUUAGUUGCAAAGCAACAGAGCUGUCAUUUAUAUUUUUAUAAUUUUUAAAUUUUGUUUCUAAUGUCAGAAGGAAUAAACUGUCAGCCAUGAAAGUCG